UCAGAAAACUGCGCAGUUCUUCGCGGAAAGGUGAACGACGGACAGCUCGCUCUCGACUUAUAAAAGUGAAUAAACCCAUUCACCAUGUUAGUGGCAAGGCUGACAUGCCUCAGGAGUUUCCCGCUCGUCGGGCUUCGCCCUGUGUUGACCCAGGGCUGCUCAGGCCUGAGAGCAACUCCGCUGAAGGCUUGUCCACCCCUGCUCAGGCCUCAACAGGGAUUUUCAUCCAGGGCCAAAUUUGGAUUCCGUCGCACAACCAGGGAUCAGAUAAAAGAAGCUGCUUUUGAGCCAACAAAUACGGCCAUCAAAAUUGACAGCAUGGGAAGAAUUAUUCUGGCUGGAGGUGCAGCAGUUGGUCUUGGAGCUCUGUGCUACUAUGGACUUGGGAUGUCAAAUGAAAUUGGUGCCAUUGAGAAAGCAAUGAUCUGGCCUCAGUAUGUGAAAGACAGGAUCCACUCCACGUACAUGUACUUUGCAGGCAGCAUUGGACUGACGGCUCUCUCAGCUGUUGCUGUGAGCAGAACCCCUGCACUUAUGGGUCUGAUGAUGAGAGGAUCCUGGCUGGCAAUUGGAGCAACUUUUGCAGCAAUGAUUGGUGCAGGGAUGCUGGUUAGGUCAAUUUCAUACGAGCACAGCCCAAUGCCCAAACACCUCGCUUGGAUGCUCCACGCAGGUGUGAUGGGUGCCGUAAUCGCUCCUCUAACUCUCCUGGGAGGGCCUCUGAUGAUAAGAGCUGCCUGGUAUACAGCAGGCAUUGUGGGAGGUCUGUCAACUGUGGCCAUGUGUGCUCCGAGCGAGAAGUUCCUCAACAUGGGAGGACCAUUGGCUGUUGGUUUUGGAGUGGUGUUUGCUUCCUCUAUUGGGUCCAUGUUCCUGCCGCCUACCUCGGCAUUCGGAGCAGGCCUGUACUCAGUUGCCAUCUACGGAGGCCUGGUCCUUUUCAGCAUGUUCCUCCUUUAUGACACGCAGAAGGUUAUCAAGAAGGCAGAGACGCAUCCACUGUACGGUGUGCAGAAGUUUGACCCCAUCAAUGCGUGUAUGGGGAUUUACAUGGACACACUCAACAUUUUCAUGAGGCUGGUGAUGAUUCUGUCUGGCGGCGGCGGCGGCAGAAGGAAGUAAACAUCUGGAUGACCUCUGCGUCACUCUUUUGUUCGACAGAGCUGAACAAAGUCUUGUUUUCUAUCAACAUACAUCAGGUGUUACCUUUUUAGAGGCAAGUUUUGUGUAGCUGGUGACAAACAAUGCUUUGCAAGCAUGUGAAGAUGGGGAAUACACAUUGAGGCGCAUGUUGCCAGUACAGCUGUAGAAGAUAAAUUGAGGCACAUCAUUAAUGGAGAAUGACCUCUCACUAUAUUUCGGAAAGUUAUGGUUUAUCUUGGGGUCACAGAUCUGUUAAAUAUGUCUUUCAUUUUCCUGCCUCAGAUUUUCUCUGUAUUUUUUUUUCUAUUUAUUUUCUCUCUGGAUUAAAUAUCAAAGAUAUAUUAAAAUAAAACGGAUAUUUCAACAGCUUCACAGUCACAGACAUCUAACUGACUAGAUUAUUUACUUGCUGGAAAAUUCACUGAUUGUGCACUUCAACAACAGGGUGAAGAAGUUGGGAUGAAUUCAUAUCUUUUGAAAUAAAAUGCAGCAAUUUCAACAAUAGAAUCAAUAAACACAUCAAACAACA